AUGAAGCUUUUCAAAGUCAUUGCUGCUCUGGCUUUGCUCGAGAGAGUCAAAGGCUUGAAGAUCGUGCAACACAACUUUGACGUUUUGAGAAGAUCUCAUGACGAAACCCUGUCCAAACGCGAUAGUUCCGUCGACUAUGCAGAAUUUGUCUUGAAUAACGCAGUCACACACUACCAGCUGAACAUCUCCAUUGGAACCCCACCUCAAGAUUUCCUCGUUGUGCUGGACACCGGAUCUUCAGAUCUCUUUGUCUUCGAAGAUGGAUCGGAGGGCUGCUCUCAGGCAGCAAAUGCUACUUCAACUGAAACCACAGCCACCAAUUUGGUCUAUGGAUCUACACCUUCUGCCUAUAUCGAUGCAACAGUCUCUGGGUGUGGUGGUGUGGGAGGGUUUGACGCAAACGCCUCAUCCACGUUCAAUAAAAACGAGACAUCCUUUGCAGAUUAUUUCAACUAUAAAAAUGGAACUGGGUACUGGGCCUAUGACGUGGUAUCCGUGAACAACGUUAGCGUUGGAGAAAUGAGUUUCGGGGUGUAUGCGGCGAAUUUCACGCCUGUUCUUGGAAUUGGCCCAAUAGGAGGUGAACUGUCGUACGUUACCUACCCUGAUAACGAAACUUAUCAAAAUCUGCCUAUGAAAAUGGCAGAACAAGGACUCAUUAACACUCCAUCUUACUCCAUAUUUCUGGCCAAUUCAGAGAAAAAUGAGGGCUCAAUUCUGUUCGGCGGAGUUGAUUCCUCAAAGUACGAUGGUGACCUAAUUACCGUCAAAAGCGCAGGGUCUGCAGAUAUCACGUCGAACUACGCAGGAAGCUGGUCAAUCACUUUGUCCGAGAUCACUCUCCAGAAAAAUGACGAGGCUGCAGUUUUUGCCGAGGGUAGAUACUUGGCUCUUCUCAAAAGUUCAGCCGCGUUCUCGACGUUCCCUUCAGCGCUUUACGAUAACCUGCACAACUUCACAAAUGCCACUUGGGACGAAGACAUCGACCAAUACUACUAUGAUUGCGAUCAGAUAAGCAACACAACCCUCACUUUUGACUUUACAGGUGCAAAGAUUCAAGUUCCCCUAACGUCUUUGGUUUUCAAGCACGCUGGGAAGUGCAUAUCUGGAAUUAAGACUCAUUACGAUUACAAUUACGAUGCAUACUUCAGCCUUGGGGACGACUUUUUGAGAAACGCCUAUGUUGUCUACGAUUUGCAUAAUUAUGAAAUUUCGUUGGCCCAAGCCAGUGAUGCCACUGGAACCGAGAGUAUCCGCGAAAUCACAAAGAAGGGUGUCCCCUCCGCCAAAAAGGCCAAGCAUUACUCGUCAACGUAUACCCUCAAUUCCGGACCUGAUCAAAUAACUGCCGCUUCCUCAUUGUCGUAUUAUUCGACUGCACUAAUUGCGUCGUCUGGAUCUUCCGCCGAGUCAAGCAAAGGCGACGCACCUCCAAACAUCACCUACGGCUCAGGACUGCUCUUGUCUGCAUUUACCUUUCUUGCUGCAUUGUGUUUGACAUAG